GCCAGUUUCAUAGCGCUCUCGGCGGUUGUAAGUCGCGUGAUUGUAGGAGUGAACACCGGGUUUGAGAGAGCGAGAGAAUGGUGGGCCUCCGCAGGGGCACGUGAGACACAAUCCGAAAUUGGGACGGUUUAGAUCCAUGCGGCUCCGCUUCAGAAGACCCAGAUGAAAGACCACACAGCCGGCCAAAUUAACGCUCCACAGCCGAGCCCCUGAACGUCUUCGUCUGUUAUCCGGUUACACUUGGUGGGAAGGACAUAGAAAAGCCCCAGAGACGCACGUUCACACGCCAAGAGGAAGUCUCGAAAGACCGCAGGCUCUUAAAGAGGCCUCGCAGCACUGAACAACCACACAGGAACUAUACAGAAAUACCUGUUUCGACGCUUUCGUCUUAUUUUUGUGGAUUAUUAUCGAGUGGGGCACUUUUCCUACUGGUACCACCCCGCAACUGGAGCAAAAGCUCAACAAGUCGAGCUUUGACCUUUCAUAUUGUACGUGCAGUACUGGAAGUGUUCAGUACAGUCACUUAAUCAGCACUUCAGUAGCCCAAAUCUGUUCACGAUGUCUGUAUGUUCAAACUGACGAUACACAAACUCUGUAAAACCUGUUUACUUCCAUAUUUGCCAUUGUUUCGUCAUACAUCAUAGUUCUCUUAUAAGUCAACUGUCUUUAGAUUGACUCUCAUACUUUACAUUUUGGAGGGAAACGACUAAUUUGGAACAGUUUACAAGAUGGGGAAGAUGCUAUCAAAGAUAUUUGGUAACAAAGAGAUGAGAAUACUGAUGCUCGGACUCGAUGCCGCAGGGAAGACCACCAUCCUUUAUAAACUGAAACUGGGCCAGUCUGUGACCACGAUACCCACCGUUGGUUUCAACGUGGAGACGGUCACCUAUAAAAACGUCAAGUUCAACGUGUGGGACGUCGGCGGCCAGGACAAGAUCCGUCCCCUCUGGCGGCAUUACUACACAGGCACGCAAGGGUUAAUUUUCGUGGUGGAUUGUGCGGAUAGAGAUCGUAUCGACGAGGCCAGACAAGAACUCCACCGCAUCAUCAACGACCGUGAGAUGCGGGAUGCCAUCAUUUUGAUUUUCGCCAAUAAGCAAGAUCUGCCGGACGCCAUGAAGCCACACGAGAUCCAGGAGAAGCUGGGACUGACCCGCAUAAGGGAUAGGAAUUGGUACGUGCAGCCCUCAUGCGCGACAACCGGCGACGGACUGUACGAGGGCUUAACGUGGUUAACGUCUAACUACAAGUCUUAAUGACAGCGAUUGGCACUGACUGUUUAGGACAAAUGAACUCCAUAUGGGGCUGAUCCAAUGUCUCCAACGAAUAUUUGUGAUAUUUUGAUUUAGAGUUAACAUUGAUUUUCGCUUUGUUCUAAAAUGACCCUUAAAAAAUUAUCUGUUUGAAACAUAAUGAGUUUGGCUUGCUUGUAACUUUCCGUGUGUUGUGGCAAGCACUUGUCACUCACCUUGGAUUAUGGCUUAACAUGAUAAAGCAUUCCUAAAUGAAGAUAAUUUUUUUUUUUCUUAAAAGUGUAGGUUUUAUAUAUUUGUUGUCAUUAUUUCAAGCUUCUUUGAGAGUUUGGAGUUUUGUAUCCAACAAACAAGGGCGUAGCUUUGGCUUGAACUUUG